AUGUCUUCUAAGAAGAGCAAACACAAAAGUAAACGCUCGAAUGAAGGAGAAGACUCUGACACCGUGCAGGCAGCCAGCAGGAACUCCUUUAACGUCAUCGAUUCAUCGACCAAGGUGAGGACAUUUUUACUCCUUACUGAGGACAAAACCCCCAGAAGCUGCAGGUCAUCCCUCGCCCAGCUGAGCCUGACCUCCUUGAAGUCGGCGGGCGUGAGCAUCGGCAGGCCGGUCCUCCUGACCAGUCCAGCCAGCGGGCGGCAGGAGGUGUGCCUGGCGUGGCCGGCCGCCACCUUCCCAGGCGGGAAAGUGGGCCUGCACAGGUGUGUCCAGAACAACCUGAAGGUGAGAGGCGGGGACCAAGUGACGCUUCAUCCUCUGACUGGUGCCGUGCUUCAAGCGGAGGAAGUCAUUCUCUCCCCCAGGUCCAAGGAUGACAAACUGGACACAGACCAGUUCAGGAGCUUCCUGCUCAAUUCCCUCGUUGGCAACGUCGUUCUCCCAGGAAACGUCUUGUCCUUGACGUACUUUGGACGUCCGUGCAGCCUUUUUGUUGACACGGUGCGAGGCGAGGACGGCAGCGUCCUCCAGAGGCCCCCUCCGGACGCGGAGGAGUCCUCCAUCAUGCUGGACUCCACCCCUGCCGACCUUUCCCUGCAGCUCAGCCUGCUCGCCAUCGACGACGGCGGGGGGACGGGCUCGCCCGCCGCCAGCACCCCACACAAACCCACCUGCUCGCCUCCCCCGUCCUCGCCCACAUCGCCCGUUUGCGAUGCCCCUGCGGACCCUGAGGAGAGCAGCACCAGUCUGGAGGGUUCCUUCAGCACUGAGCAGGCUGAGCAAGCCCCCACAGCUCCCUCUGCUGGCUGGUCAAGCACCAGCACCUUUUACCGCCUGUGCAGCACCACCCGAGUCACUUUUAGGACGACUCGGCGGAAAAACGCGCCGAAUAAAGGAGGUGACGGGUCAAAAGUGACCUACAGCAUGAUUGGCGGCCUGAGCAGCCAGCUGGACAUCAUCAGAGAGACCAUAGAACUUCCCCUCAAACACCCUCAACUCUUCUCCAACUAUGGCAUCCCCCCUCCCAGAGGAGUUCUUCUGUACGGACCCCCCGGCACAGGCAAGACCAUGAUUGGCCGAGCCAUCGCCAACGAGGUGGGCGCUCACAUGACCGUGGUCAACGGGCCGGAAAUCAUGAGCAAGUUCUACGGAGAAACGGAAGAAACGCUGAGGCAAAUAUUCACUGAAGCAUCGCUCAGGACGCCGUCCAUCAUCUUCAUAGACGAGCUGGACGCCUUGUGUCCCAAGCGAGAUGGCGCCCAGAACGAGGUGGAGAAACGAGUUGUGGCUUCUCUGCUGACGCUCAUGGAUGGCAUCGGCUCUGAGGGCCACGCAGGACAGCUGCUGGUCCUGGGGGCCACAAACAGGCCCCACGCCCUCGACCCCGCACUGAGGCGCCCGGGACGUUUCGACAAGGAGUUAGAAGUGGGCGUUCCCAACCCCGCCGAGCGCGCCGACAUUCUGCGGAAGCGUCUGGCCUCCAUCCCGUGCGACGCCACCGCGCUGGAGCUGACGCAGCUGGCCGACGCCGCUCACGGCUACGUGGGGGCGGACCUGGCGGCCGUCUGCAAGGAGGCGGGUCUGCAUGCGCUGAGGCGAGCGAUCGCUUUGUCAGCCAAGCCGACGGACCAGCAGCUGAUGGGGGAGGUGAGGGUCUCCCAGGAGGACCUCCAGUGGGCCAUGAGGCUGGUGAAGCCCAGCGCCAUGCGGGAGGUCGCCAUCGACGUGCCCAAGGUGCGCUGGGCCGACGUGGGCGGCAUGGAGGACGUGAAGCUGAAGCUGAGGCAGGCGGUGGAGUGGCCCCUGAGGCACCCCGAGGCCUUCGCCCGCAUGGGGAUCCAGCCGCCCAAGGGGGUCCUGCUGUACGGGCCGCCGGGCUGCUCCAAGACCAUGGUCGCCAAGGCCCUGGCCAACGAGAGCGGACUCAACUUCCUGGCCAUCAAAGGUCCGGAGUUACUGAGCAAGUACGUUGGCGAGUCGGAAAGAGCGGUCCGAGAGGUGUUUCGGAAGGCCAGAGCCGUCGCUCCGUCCGUGGUCUUCUUCGACGAGAUCGACGCCCUGGCCAGCGAGAGAGGAAGAUCCUCGGCAUCCGGCGGCGUGGGCGACAGGGUGCUGGCCCAGCUCCUGACGGAGAUGGACGGCAUCGAGCAGCUCCGCAACGUCACCGUGCUCGCCGCCACCAACCGGCCGGACAUGAUUGAUAAGGCUCUGAUGCGUCCGGGUCGCCUGGACCGUAUCGUCUACGUGCCUCUCCCGGACGCUCCCACCCGGAGAGAGAUAUUUGCCCUCCAGUUCCGGAACAUGCCCGUGGCUGAAGACGUGUCCCUGGACAGCCUGGUGUCCGGCACCGACAAGUACUCGGGAGCCGAGAUAACAGCCGUGUGCAGAGAGGCGGCCCUGCUGGCGCUGCAGGAAGACAUCCAAGCUCAGCGCGUCCGAGUCCGACAUUUCGAGGGCGCCCUGGGCGUGGUCACGCCGCGCGUCCCUGACUCUCUGCUGCGGACCUACGCGGCCUACCAGCAGAGGCACGCCGCCGUGGCCCCGCCCUCCUUUCCCCCGUCGUCUUGAAAGCGAGCAAUGCAAUAAAAACAGGUUGAAUCCGGCCCGCAAGAUCAGUUGGUGAAUGAUAAAGAUUGAGAAAAUGAAAGAAACGGCUGUUCUAAAUGUGUCCACUGGAGGUCGCAAUAGUAAUUCAAGUGUAACCCACGUCACACAGGAAAUGUUUAAAGAUGGCGUGUCAGCUGACUAUAAGCACCCUCUGGGUUGGAUGCCGUCGCUCCAAUCAGCGCGAGGUGGCAGCAGAUGGCGACAGACUGAUGCACAAUACAAUACGAGCCACUCCACGGGUAAACAAAACUAAACGGUAAGACGCAAAGACUUGAAGUUAAAAGUUAAAGUGCCAAUGAUUGUCACACACACGCUAGGUGUGGCGAAAUUAUUCUGUGCAUUUUGACCCAUCACCCUUGAUCACCCCCCUGGGAGGUGAGGUGAGCAGUGGGCGGCAGCGGUGGCCGCGCCCGGGAAUUCUUGGUGAUUUAACCCCCAAUUCCAACCCCUUGAUGCUGAGUGAGUCAACAUGACCAUCAUCUUUCCAGUUGGAGUUCCAUGCAGCGCUCGCAAUUGGUUGCAUGCACGAUGCGCACCCUGGACUCCGUUGUAAAAAUGUGUUUCUACAUUUCCAUCCAUCCAUCCAUUUUCUACUGCAUUCGGGCAGAAGGCAGGGUACACCCUGGACAAGUCGCCACCUCAUCACAGGGCCAACACAGAUAGACAGACAACAUUCACACACUUGAGACCAUUUAGUGUUGCCAAUCAACCUAUCCCCAGGUGCAUGUUUUUGGAGGUGGGAGGAGCCUUUUGCCAGGUGCAUGUUUUUGGAGGUGAGAGGAGCCUAUCCCCAGGUGCAUGUCUUUGGCGGUGGGAGGAAGCCGGUCACGGGGAGAACAUGCAAACUCCACACAGAAAGAUCCCGAGCGCAGGAUCGAACCCAAGCCUACUCAGGACCUCCAUAUUGUGAGGCACAUGCACUAACCCCUGUGCCACCGUGCUGCCCCCAGUCGGAGUUCCAUGCAGCGCUUGCAAUUGGUUGCGUGCACGAUGCGCACCCUGAACUCCAUUGUAAAAAUGUGUUUCUGCAUUUGUCGUGUUGUAUUUUAUUUCAUGCGUAAAUCUUAAACAUUGGUUAAGUUUGUAGUUAUGUGACCUUGAAUUAUUUUUAUUUUUUUUAAUUAUUAAAUUAACAUAAAAAACACAAGAUUGUUAGUGCACCAACUCAAAAACCCAAAAGGGUUGUUUCCUUCUGUUAUUAAUAUUCUGGUUGCUACAAUAUGUAUCAAUGCAGUCUGCAAGGGAUACAGUCCGUGAAGUUAAUUUGACUCAUUUUCAUUAAUUAA